CUUGACAUUUGACGUCAUGUCACAAAUAUUCGACAUUUUCUUAAUGUCGAUUGUAACGGAAUAUAAACAAUUUUGAAAUGAAGAACAACUAAAUAUAUUUCAGUUCAGAUAAGCAGCCAUUUUAUGGAAAAUUUGCGCAUGAAAGCAACUUUCUUUCCUACUUUCGAGAAAGAACCAACUUCCCAGUUUAAGUUAACUUGUUUGUGUUGUGACCGAUAUCAGAGCUGUCAGCUGCGAUAUCACUUUAAUAUAUACUCGGUAGUGUGACCAGCAUGUCCAUGGUUUUUAGCAUUAGAAUGUGAUUUCAGUUUUACUAUUGAGUGUGAAAAUUCAAAUCUUUGUAUAAUAGAGUUAUGGGUGACCGUCGUUGUCUUUUCACGUAAUGCUUGAAAUGGUCUAGGCUAGGUAUUGUACCUUAAGCCAGGUUUUAACCUGCCUAGAUACUAGGCUAGGUACCUAGCUAGGUAUAAAUAAGCGUGUGUGGGAAACUUUUCAGGCUACAUUGGGUAUAUGUAGCCUAUCAAGGUUGGAUAAAGUAUGCCUGAAAUCGUUUAUCACAUUGAAGAGCAAAAGUUGUCCGUGAGCUCCUAAUGAACUGAUCUUCCUUCAGGUUAGACUAGCCUGUAAUUGCAAGUGAUGAGUGCGGGAUGACCAGUUGGCUGCGAGCGUCCCCCUUGCGCUCGUCGCUAGGUCGACGUCGCGCUCCCUCUCCGUUACAUGAUGUGGACCCAGCAGCUGCAUUUCAAUCUUUUAUCAAACAUUGGCAGCAGACUUGUGAAAUUAUUGAAAGAACCAGGCUGAGAGGACAGGUCAGUGCUGAUGAUGUAACUGCUGUGAUUAACCAUCUGACACAGAUGGUUACACUCCUGUUAGUGGACUUAAAGCAAAUAUUAGUAGCCUCACGUACUCCUAAUGGCACUGGCAGAAAGUUCACCAGCUCUGGUGCAGAGAUGCAAGUGUCAGAGGGUGGUGGCAGUAAUUCAUCCCCUGAUACUGCUAAUCAGCAUUCUUCAUUGCCACUGGAUGAUCCUCCUCAUACACCAAUAUUUGACCAUUUCCUUGGUGAAGAAAUCCUUGACACGAUUCUUACUUGGAGCCUUAAUACAGGGGAAUAUGUCAAUGCCUUGAAGCUUGAACAGUUAAAGGUUCACGAACAACUUUUAAGUCAUGCCAGACAAGAAAUUCUCGUGUACAAGCCUAUUAUCCGUCCAUUAUUGCGACUUCUAGCUGCAUGUGGUGGUUGUGUCCCUGUAGAGGUUGAGAAGCGUUUGGUUGUGCUUCUUAAUCAACUGUGUGUAUCUCUUAUGCAUAAUCAUCAACUACUAGAUUUCUUCUUUCAGUUCUCCAAUGAUCAAGGACCAACUAAGUUCAUGAUAUUCUCCCUCCUGUUACCAUUUGUUCAUCGUGAAGGAGGCAUAGGACAGCAGGCUCGUGAUGCAUUAUUACUCUGCAUGGCACUCUCUGCCUCACACGCAUCCGUUGGCCAGUACAUUGCGCAGCAUUCGAAUUUUUGCCCUGUGUUGGCUGCAGGUCUGAGUGGCCUUUACUCCAUGCUACCGCGUUCAUUAAGCAUAGAAUCUGAUGGCUGGCAUCGCUUAAGUGUAGAAGACAUUGGAGAUAUUCCUCAGCUACAGCUUUUUAUGAAUUCUUUAGAAUUCUGCAAUGCAGUUAUACAGGUGGCCCAUCCUCUUGUAAGGGAGCAGUUAGUAGAAUUCUUGUAUCAAGGAUUCUUAGUUCCAGUGUUGGGCCCUGCGUUACAUCAGGGUGGUGCAGUCAAUGGGGAUGUCCGCGCACACAGCUCACCUGUUUUUCUGUCUGUUGUGGAAGAAGUAGUGGCAGCAACAGCAUAUGUAGAGUUAUGUCUAAGAACUGUCACGGAACCUGAACUCAGGCGAGCUUUCUUAGCUUUCAUACUCACCACCAAUAGUCCUGCAGUUGAACCGCCUAUUAUAACCAUUCUUAUAUCAAGAUUACAUUCUCCAAAUAUGCAAUUGUGCCUAGUGACACUCAGUCUCUUUUGGACUUUGGUUGAACUUAAUUGUGAAGAUCUCAUGGUGGCCCUCAUUUUCCAAUAUUUGGCACCUUGUACUCAUGUUAUGUUGUCUCAGCGAUCUCGUCUUACUCAUCCCUCGGAUCCUGCAUCAAAAACUUCUCAGCGACUCAUUAACCUGAUUCCUGCAGUUUGCCAAGCUGAAACUUCUCAUAAGCCAGAAAUUGUCAGGGAAUCCUCUCCGAUUUCACCUCCAUCUACUACAUCCACUCCACAACCCUCUCCUACAGCUCUAUCAGUGCCACGCCAUCACAGAUCUCUCUCUAAUGCAUCAUCAUGCUCUUCAGAUAGCGAGUACAUAUGUUCAGACCAAACUUCAACCUACUCUGAUUACCUUCAAGAAGCACGGGUGAAAAUCAAAGCUGGUACUGCAGCAUGUGCGUGUUGGACUUGGAAAUAUGAUGGCCUUUAUCCAACUCCAAGUCAGGCCCAAGAAAUGUUAGAUGCAGCACGUGUAAACCCUCCUAUGUUGUAUCCUAAAGCUCGUGCUUAUUCAGAUCCAGUAGCUAUGCAGCCGUCAGAUAUACCACAAGCUGAAACUAAAGUUCGUAGUGCAAGCUUUCCUGUGGGUUGUGUAACAAAGGAAAGAACUAAUAGAAGUGAAGCAAAUCCUGUGGUUAAUGGUGAAUGUGAUCAUGAAAAUCAACCAGUAAGGUUGCCUCAUCCACCACAUCAUCAUAGUGUUAGAGGAGUUGAAAGGGUAGCUGGCGAAGAAGAGAAUUUAGACUCGUUAGGGGAAAGUAGUGGGUAUGAAAGUUUCAACAUCAAAGCUUCUAGGGAUAAUUCUCCAGUCCACAGUGCUCAGGGGUCCCCUCGAAAUCAAGCAGCCCGUCAGGUAUCAGUCAGUCUUGAUGGAGGUUCUCUGCGGGGAUCACCAGGAGAACCAGAGUCGAGAAGGAGAAGUACUUCAGUAAAUACCUCUGAGGAAUAUAAAGAAUUCAUUGAUACUUUGCAGAGAUCCCAGACACCAACUGAGUUAUGUGAAUUGGAAGAGACUAUGUGCGAAAUUGAGCAAGCUUUUACUGCAUUUAAAAUAUAUGAUGUUAGCUCAUCGGAAGCACAUAAUCAAGUGUAUUGUUUAGAACUGGUGGGAAGUGAUGAAAAUGACUUGGACAGCCACCCAUGGCAAAGUCAUGAAUCUACUCCUUCUGAAAUACUAGAAAAGAACCCUGGAUUCUCAGAUUCUUCUCAGUCACGCCCUACAAUAGGUCCUUUCUUAGAAGCCUUAAUGUUACGUAUUGAUCAGAUGUUGUCAUCAAGUAUUCAUGUAAACCUUCUUGUCACAACUAUUGUAAGUCGAUUAGCUUCAUAUCCAACACCGCUCUUAGCAUCAUUAUUGCUUGAUGCAUCUAUUGUCUUCCAGCCAUCUGUACGAUCACUGGUGCAGGUGGUAAGUGGUUUGAAACAACGAAUUGAUAGCAUCUUAGGUGCUGAAGAUGUAUCACAUCUUAUUGAAGCUCGAACAUGGUUCAUAAUGCAUCUAAGUGUACCUCGAUAUGUACCCUCCACCCCAAACACACCAUCGGCAUCCCCAGACACAUCUUUAGUCAGAGGUGAAGGGAAACGUCGUAGUCUGUCUCAAACUGUGUCUGCAUUAUUUCGUCGUACCACAAAUAGUGAUCGACCUUCAAUAAAGGAAAGCCCGUUAGAAAACCUUCCUGAUGGUUCUGGUUACAGGUAUGUGAAGCGAGCCUCUGUAUCAAGUGUUGAUGUAAAUACUCUGGCGGGCCCUGCAAUGCAGAAACGUCAUGCCGCUAGAUGUGCUGUUUUGCUGAGAGAUUGGCUGCUAGAGCUCUCAGCUCUAGCACAGGAACAUAUGGUGGCAGUGCCAAGUUUAGAAUUUAGAUUUCCUUCUAGUUGACGAUGACUCUUGUCAGAUAUCACAUAACUUUUGGUAAAGUUUUAAUUGUUGAACUGUAUUACUAACAGUUCUCAUUUUUAAAAUAUUCUAAUAUUGUUUACUGUUAAUGUAAAGUUACUAUAUUUCAGUUUCUGAAAUUUCACUAUUUAACUGAUAAAGCAUUUAUCUUACUUAUCGUUAGGUAUUUUAGAUGUUUGAAAGAAUGAAGUGGUCAUUUUUUGCAUGUAGCUUCUUCAUAUUGUUGUUUGGUUCAUAUGAUUAUGCUGUACUGUACUGUACUUUCAUGUACCAGGAGAACAUGUAUGAUAUACUUGCACACAUACAAAGUGUCCUAUGCAAUUUUAUAUUUCUAGAUAUUUUGCAAGUUCAUUCCUGUUCUUUUGUUCAAAUCCUGAAAAUGAAGAUUGGGCAGUAAAAAUUCAGUAAAUUUUGUCAGCUUCUCAUCAGAUUCUGAAGUAAUUCUAAUUGAUACCACUGAAAAUAUUCAAAGUAAAGACUAAAAAGAUUUUGCUACAUUAGUGUAGUGCUAUACAGAAAUGGAAACUGUCACAUAUGAUGUGCUUGGUUCUGGCAUUUUAUGUAGUACAGAAAUGUUCUUAGCUUUUUUUGAGAGGAAUAUUGUUAAAUGUAGUUGUUCAAAUAUAGGAGUAUUGUGGGUGUGUUUGUGUACACAUACAUGAUUGUGAUGGGCAACUUUUCAUGCUUGUGUGUGUGUGCACAUAUGUAUGCUUGUCCCUGGGUCUAUUUCAGUUUUACAUUAGAAUAAUUGAACUACAAAUUCUUGCUUUAAUACAAAUUUUCAUAGUAAAAUUUAUUUAGAUACUUCCCUAUGUACUGUUAAAGAUAGCUUAUAUCUCUGUGUUGAUAGGCAAGUUGGCAUUCAAACAAAAGAAAAGAUCAAAUUAUUGUCUGGAUGAUUAUCUAGUACAUAUGUCCUUAACCAGGUAUGUUUUGAAUGUUUAUUUUGUCUUGUCUUCUCCUUGACAGCUCACUGACAGUAAGUAUAUGUUUAAUAAAUUUUAUGAAAAUUCAUAUUAUUUGGGAAGGAUCUUCACUGUUAAAAACAGUCAAUUCCCACAUUGAGAAGAGGAUGGAGGUUAGUGCAGCUAGACAAUCUGCAUAGUCAAUUGAGCAAAAGUUUUCUUGCAUGAAACCCAAGACAUUCUUUCCUGAUUUGGAGUCCUUUCUGGAUCUUACUGCCACCAAAAGUUGGAUACAUUCUGGGAGCAAGGCUCCCAAGGCUCCCAUAUGUGUGCAGCAGAGAAAACUUCUGCAAUUCAGCCGGAAUGAAACAGAAACAUUGUGAGGAGACCUCUGCUCCUGGGUACUAAAGCCCUAAAAAUCAAGUCAACUGAAAUUGAAUACCCUUAUGAUAUACAGGUACACUUAUAAAAUGUAUAUACCUUCAUGCUUUUGGUUCAGGGAAAGACUACCUGCUUCUAGUAUCAGACUAAGGGAUUUACUGUUUUCAAAUGUGAUUCUACAUAAGUACAAGAAGUCCCGGACAUAGGCAGCCUCGGUUAUCGCUGAUCCGGUUUUACGGUGCUUGUCUAACAACAACAAUAACGAGACUUUCAGAGCCGAUAUAUGCCGAUCUCUGGUUAUCAGCUCUAAUUUUCGGUUAUCAUCUUGCCAUUGAGAACGGAAUCGUUACCGAAAGCUGGGGGCUGCCUUAUAUAUUAUGUAAUGUAUAUACAUGUAUUUACUAUAUUAUUUAAAUGAUAUAUGUGUGAAGUGUAUAUAUAUAUAAUAUACUUAUAUACAGUCCACCCUUGUUAAGACAGACUAACAGGGGGGGGGGGCAGGCCAGGGUGUCCAUUUUAGCUGAUAGUCUUGUUUACCAGCUGCACUUGGGAAAAUCCUGUUAUUAAGACCGAAGGUUUGUUAGCCAUGAAAAAUACAAAUUGAUUUUUAAAAUUUGUCAUUUUAACUGGUAAUACCUAUGUAUGUAUACAUACCUAUAAAUAUACUAUAUUUCAUAAUUUUUAUACAGAGUAGGAAUAAUAACCCAUUGUAGAAACAUUUGAAUGAAAUGUUGUAGUAAAGGAUGAAAAAUGAAGAAUAAAACAUGAUAAAAGUAAUAGAAGUCAGCCGCAUAUGUAGAUGCCUACACCAAGACGUGGACGCAUAAUUUAGUAAUCAAACAUCACUACUGCAGCAGAAACAUUUGUUUCCUUUUUUUUCAUUUUUAUUUUAGUUAGUUAUUCAUUAUAGUUUAUUAUUAUUUAUAUUAAAUGUAUUGUUAAAUGAAUAUAAGACCUUUAAGAUUAUCAAUAUUAAAAUAGUGGGACAAAUAAGACCAUAUGUUAACUAACACACUUGUUUUCAACAAACAGAUUCUGUAAAAUGCCAAAAUAUACUACAUGAUCAAAAUAAUUGUAAUUCAACUAGUGAGUUUUAACGAUAAGUAAGACUACAAAAUACAUUUCAUCUUAUCGAUGUUGGAGAGAGUUGUUCUUUUUUGUUAUAGACAUCAUCAAUAGUUUGCAGUCAUAUUUUGUGAUUGAAAUGUCUAUAAAUAGAACAGAUACUGUGAAAAUCCUCUUAUUGGGAAGAAUAAUUGAGUAUCUACAAGCAUUUAAAUGUGGGAUGCAGAAGUUAGUGGAACCAUAUGGAAUUUGGUAGUUUGAGUUGAUUUCUUCCUAAUGGAAGAACACAAGAAAAUUCAACCAAGAGAGCUAGAAAGUUUGAAAAUCUUUCCCCAUAAAGGCUAAUAUGGCUCUAUGGGAGUCAAAGAGCUUUAUUCUUACCCGAAAUUUGUUCAAUACUUUCCUUAAAAGGGGGAAGACAUAUGGAUCUGAACCAGGCCAAACUUGAAGAAAUGCAUCCACUGUUCAAGGACCCUCUAAGGAGUAAGAGUAAAAUUGGUCAUUCCUGGUCAUCCACAUGCUAAUAAGCCCAAAUUUGAGUGUCCCUCUAAUUCCACACCGCCUUUUCAGACUCAUAGAAGGCAGUUUGUCCUUGAAUCCUCAGUUGCCAAAAAACAUUGCCUCCCCUGAAAUGAAGUAGCAAACCAACAUUAUAUUGUUCAUUUUUCUCCAAAGAAGCAGUCUUUCCACUAUUACUUAGUUUCAGACCAAGUGUUUGCAUAGAAACUCAUCCAAAUAGCCAAGAGUAUGAGCUCUCAGGGAUGAACCUACUAGGAAUCUUAGAUGGUCUAUCCGCCUCCCUGAUGUCUCAGUAAGGUUUACUGUGUGUAGUGCUGGCCAUUCUGUGGUAUAUUGUAAGUCAUUGUAAUGACAUUAGUCAUAACUCUGUUACAAAGCGGGGAAAAAUCAAAACCUGGGGUUAGAUUUCAGAAUAAGCUUUUAUUUGUUGUUUCGGUGUUCCUCCUACAGAACCUGAUGACAUUGAUAGUCUUGGAUCUACUUAAAAGUUCAAUAAAUGUUUGCUGUAAGUUGCAAUCUGUUAUGCUGAGACUUGAACUGUAGUUGUACCUGAUUAUUCUGAUAAAUUCUCCAGUAAGGCCAUGUUUCGUAACAAAGAAAGCCAUUGCCCUGUAGGUAGCUUUCUUUAGGGUUAAAGUUCUUUGAGAAGUAAGAAUUGCUUAUUUGUCUUCCAACAGCAAAGCCUGCAAAUUGCAAAAGUAUACCCAGAUAAAUAAUGGACAGAGGAGGAGUUAGGGAAGUUGACUGAAAAUCAUAAUGCACAGAGACUGAACCAGAUAAAGCAAGUGAUCCUUGGACUUUGAAGUACUGUUGGCAGAGAUGGCCAAUUUGAAUCUGUCAGUUCAGUAUAAAAGAAUUUUUGCUCCUAAAAGAAAACACCAUCUGCCUAAGGGCAACAAAUUCCUUGUGAAUAUGUGAGGUUCUGUACACGAAAUGAAACAAAGCACCUUGAACAGCAAUAUCUACCCAGCAGAUACCCAUUAAUGUGUGACUGUGGAUGUGCUUGCAUGGGGAAAAUACAUCCUGCAUGCCCACCAAAACAUCCAAUCGUUCUUUGGAAAGUCACUAAAACCGUGCUAGAAAUAACCAUGAACAAUGGCAAAAGACAAAGUUGUCCAGUCUCGAUAUGUCUAACACUGGGUUCCGAUCUCAGUUACUUUUGGCAUUAGGAAAAAGUUGGAGGUAAAAUCUCUGUGAAUUAAUGACACCUGCUCCUUUGCAUUCUUUGUAAUUACCACCUCAUACUGAAGAACGAGAAACUUCUGCUGGAGAAGACACAAAGGAACAGCUAUAGGAGACUAAGCCAGCGCAAUUGGCCUUUUACUGGAACUUGAGGGCUUAACGGUUUCCUAAAAGGUAUAAAAUACCUGUGAGAAAGAGGUGCAUCAUGCAACAAUACAUACUCCUUUAUUGCCUUAAAGAGAGGUGGGCUUAGAAGGCAACCUGAAGGAGAAACCAAAACAGCUGCCAUCUCCUGUGCAGAUUAAGCCCUUUUUUGACAGAUAUCAGCAUAAGUGUUCUCACUUCUUCAAAACUGAGUUAGUAUGUAUAAGCAUGAAAAUAUUUGCCUGCUGCCUUAGAAUAGUUUUGACCACAAAGUCAAAAACUCUAACACUCUUCCUUACUAAAAUCCUGCUGACAACACAAACUCCUUAAGCUGGUGCCACAAACACCCUUAGCUGGCACCUCAGCCUCUCUAAGCUAGUGCAGAGAAGAGGCAGUCUUCAGUAACAGAUAAAACUUUAAAUUUCAGCAAUGUAAACAGAGACUUGGACAACAAUCGCCAUCUCUGCUUGUCCAAAGCACUUGUCAGUCUCGAUUACGUCUCUUCAAAGGAAUGAAAUUGACAAAGAAAACCGAAUCUUUGACUGAAGACAGUUUUAAGUGCUAGUAAAGCACCUGUAUCAUGAGAGGCAGUUCUCCAUGACUUCAAAAAACCAGGAAGACAAACACUGCAGAGUUAGAAGAAGCUUUGUUCUCCAGAGUGUGAAAAACUUAUAAAACGUUCUAAUUGAAGGAGAAAGUUAUGGUUAUACAAAUGUUUAAUGGGCAUCGAAAUACUUGGAGAUAACCAAGGCCUAUUCUCCACAUUGCCUCUUUCCUCCAAUAAAUGCAAAUAAAGCGAAGCACAACACAAACACCAACAAACCAAAGAUUGUGCCAAUUUAGAAUAUUUAUCCACCAGAGGAGAAGUUUGGGCAAUUGUGUGUGACACCAGGUGACAUCCUGCAAUAAAUCGGUGUCUCAGUGUAACGGAGAGGGAAAUGCAGUUUGAAGAGAUUCACCUGAGUUGACACAAGUUGGCUGAGCAAAAGAAAGCAAUGUGCCAACGUGCACCAAAGAAAACAGGAAAUGUUGGGAGGAGGUGGGAAGGUGUGACAGCCAACACCCCUGCCUAAUCCACUCAGCAGACUUGAGAGCAUUCCCAUAUGACAUCCUUUAAAAACUAAGAAGCUAGAAUAAUCUCUAGCUUGGAAACAAAAGAAGAUCCUUGCUAGGAUUGGAAAGAGAAACAUUAUUAGAAGUGGAGGUAAGAAAUUUGUUGAUAGCUGAAGAAAGUGAAUGUACAGAAGAAACAAGUGCAUUUUGAAGGAGAAAGAGGAAUGUUGUUGUAGAAGAGAUAGGUUUAACAGUUGAUGGAGUCAAUGUGAUUUCAAAAUAAGUACAACUCGCUAUAGACACAUUAUUGUUAAUAACACUGCCUAUAUAAUUAGUUCUAUUGGUGCUAACAACCUUAUACUAGAUGCCAACCGUGGUAGAAGUCAAAUACGUUCCGAAGAUAUACCAUUUACAAAAAUGAUUUUUCAGCCAACACAUUAAAUGAGACUCGGAGCAUGAAAAAUGGGAGGCAGGUGAUGGAUGGCACAGAACCAAAUCACCCUGAGAAUUGAUCCCUUUCCCUGGCAGCAGACUCUUCUAACUGUUGCAAGGCAGUCUUAAGCUCAGGCUAAAGACAGGUGAGGCACUGGCACCUUACCUCUUAAAGGGGAACACAAACUUGAUCGCGCACUAUGGAGAGAUCCAGAAUGGUUUGUGUCAUGUUCUAACUUCUUUUAACACUUUUCCUGAACCAGAGGAGAGCGGAAGGUGGAGUGAAGAGAAUGUCUAGCUAAAGCAUCAGCAGAGGAAAAAGCCAAAGACUGACGUAAAGAAAAUUACAAAGCAGCUGGAGAAUAGGGAGAAAUAACAGGGUUACAACCUUAGCUAUUUGCUUUUGUAAUCUAUCUAUUUCUCUUUUUAUACUAACGAACUUAAGCAUAAAGUCCCUCGAAAAUCCCUAUUGUCCUCACUCUGAUCACACUUAUAACCCUGUAGCUGGCACAAACAGUGUGGCUAUCGGCCCAAAAAAUUACUCCUACAGAACAAGGUGUUCUUAGCCUUGAUUCCAGAUGAAGGCAUCCAGGAAAUGUACAGCACCUAGAAAGCAGCAAAUAGCUAAAACCAUGAAAUACCAAUAUGGUAGUGCCUGUAUCCAGUGGCAGCAAGGAGAAUUCUGACGAGCUGAAACAUUCAAAACACACCUUAUAGAGAACAGGGACAGUCAUCCAGGUAGCCAUUAGAUUUUUUUUUUAAAUGGAGAGAUGUAAGUUUUCUUUAACAGUAGGUAAAAUUCAUCCAAAAUUAUUUUUAUAGAAAUUUUUUGAAUAUUUAGGCAAUGUGAGUGCUGAAUUAUUAACAGUAUUUAACAUUGUUAUUAUUAUUAUUAUUAUUAUUACUAUUAUUAUUAUAUUAUAUCAAUUUUCAGAAGACUUUCUAAGAAAUUCAUGUAAUAAUUUUGUGGUAGUGCUGUAAAGAGUAAAGUUGUACAGUGUGUACUCUUUGCAUAUUUAGGUUAAAAAGCAAUACCAAGUAGUCAGGAAUUCCCGUUUAUCUUAUUGUAUAUAACAUUUUAGUGUACCAGUAAGCAUAUCAAUUCAAUGCAGCAAUACGUACACUGAUACCUAAUAUUAAAGUGAGUUUUAUAAUAUACUGUACUAUAUUAACAUUAUUAACACCAAAGAAAAUUUGAGUCAUUAUUUUAAUCUUUAAUUACUACUUGUAAUUGUGUCACAAUGUUUGAUUUCAGCAAUUAUGAAAAACUCAUAAUUAAUAGUGUAUAAAUGCCAUAAUUUGCCCUAUAUAAUUUUAUUCUCAGUGCUUAAAAGAUUAUCAAAAUUUGAGGAUCUGCCUUGUCAUGAGUUUGAACAUUAAAAUCCCAAAGAGUGAUAUUUAAGUGACAUUUUUUCAAUACUUAUCUUGAAUGAAGUGGCUGAUAUGAAGGGAAAUUAUAAAAUUUCAGUUUUAAGUGAAUAACUCAAUCAUUGACUGAAUUUUCAUCAUGUCAGGCAGCGAGCUAAACCUCCUCUGUAGUAAUAUUUAUUAUUAAUGGUUAUUAAAGAAAUGAAUGAAUAUUUAAUAGUACUAUAUAUUAUGUAUUGUUUUUAUUAGCUUAUAUUAUAUAUUGUGUUUUAUAUCUGAUGUUUUGAAAUCAAGCUUCAUUUGUGUUGGUGGUUCCAUUGGCUGUCUUGUUUGCAUUUAUAUUGUUUAACAAACUUGCAUUACAUGAUUUUAUGAUCAUAGACCAUAUUGAGGAAGAAGUAUGGUUAGAUUACAGGACUUAAUAUAAUUAGUUGCAUGUGCACAUUAUUAUGCUGUCUCGUGUAUUCUGUUGAUGAUGGUUGGUUGUUUACCAAUAGUCUUGAGAAAUAGAGGAAUUCAUAUGCAAUAGAUUUUUUGUUUAUUGGUACUUGACUAUAUUUCUUAAAGUGAUCUCAUGCUUACAACUAUCUUGAACUGGAAAUCCUGAGGUUGACUUAUAUAUUACAAGUUGUGGCAUCAGUAGAUAUACACAAAGUAUAUAUUUGUAUAUGUACAGUAUUUAGUGUAUAUAGUCAUACAUAUGUACUAUAUAUAUAAGCUUUGUACAUAUAUUUUUUACAGGGGCACUUGUUAUAUGAUUUUCACAGUGCAAUAACAGGUUCUUCAUUGCCAUGAGAAAGUUUCUUGGAACAUAAAAGAACUGAAGCUUUUUAUUUUUCCACUCAAAUUUUAACCCUGCACAUUCUCUGUUUUAAUUAGUUAAUGUAUAAACUUUCACCCGUCCAGUACACAUUAGCAUUAGUACCACAAUGGAGAUGCUGUGAAUGGAAUUGUUUUGUUAAUUUGCAUUGGGUUUUGAUGUUCUGGCUUUUUGCUUUAAGAACCCUUUGUUUAGAUUUUCUUAAUUUCCAGUUGUGUACCGUUGUUGAAAAACUUCUUUUGAUUUUGAAAUUUCAUGGGUUGUACAAUCAAGCUUCCUUAAUUUUGACAUUUUAUGUGAUAAAUUUAAUCUAAUUUAAUCUAUUUUAAUCCUUUCUUUGUAAAUAUGUCUUAUAGUAUUUAAUUACUAGAUACUUGCUUUUGAAACAGGCAGUAUUAAAUAGGGAGUAGUAGUUGGCUGAACUUUUGUGAUAAUUUAUUUUCACACUGAUUUCAUAUUUUGGGAUUGUUUAUCAUCGUUUGCAAGUGUGGCCAAUGUACUAAGUAUUUUAAUGUGCCCUAGGAUUUUUGGCAGUUUUAACUGUGACAAUUUGGUAAUAUUUGUCUUGUAAAUACCUACUAAAACUAAGCUAAUAUUUCUUUUACAGAAAGGUAGUAAUGUAUAAUUUUUAUUGUUGAUAUAUUGUUGUGCUAAUUUUUCCCUGAAAAUUAUUUUUAAUUUUCUACCAACAUUGCACUGUACUUCAGAAAACUUUUUCAACAUAUUUUUCUUGUCUCUCUUUGAUUAUUAAUAAAUUGUUGUGACUUUUGCUAAAUUUUAUUCUUGGAAAAAUAUAUGUGAAGUGAAAAAGAAUUUUGUAUAUACGUAUAAGAUUUUGAAGAAAUUGUGAAGCCUACAAUAUUCUGUUUAUUAUCUGGUCUUGUCUGAUACUAUUUGCCACACAAACUGAUAUAUGCAAUUUCAUGUCAUUUUCAUUUGCAUCUGGUGUAUUGUAGAUUAUAACAUAUAAAAAUGAUAUUGUACAGUAUAUGAUUUAUGGAAUUAGAUAUAUUCUUGGCA